CCCACAAAAAAAAAGGCCGUGUAAAAAAGGGAAAAAGAAAAAACCAGAGCAACGCAGCCGCAGGCUGGGUGAGCGGCGCGGGUCUUCGUCGGCCGGCCCCUUCACCGGUGGCGAGCAUCCACCAGACCACCAGUGGAUGCGCCCCUGCCCCCCAUGCCCCAGGUCGAGUCGGCCACUGCCUCGGAGGCGCCGCCGCCGCAGGACGCAUGGCUCGUCGAGCUCGGCAGUCGCCUCCCGCAGUGGGAGUCGCUGCGGGAUUCCUCCAAGGUCAUUAUCCCGAUUUCAAUAUCUAGGGUGAACCAGUUUGAUGCUGCAAGGCUAGAUGUUGAGAUGUCGGCCAUGUUGAAAGAGCAGCUAGUCAAAGUGUUCUCUUUGAUGAAGCCAGGACUCUUAUUCCAAUAUGAGCCUGAACUUGAUGCUUUCCUUGAGUUCCUCAUCUGGAGGUUCUCAAUUUGGGCUGACAAGCCUACCCCUGGCAAUGCACUGAUGAACCUGAGGUACAGAGAUGAGCGGGCAGCACCCAUCACUGGAAAAGAAGUUAGAACAGGUUUGGAAGGACCUGGGCUUUCUGUUUCUCAAAAGAUAUUUUAUUGUAUUAGCUUUGUUGGUGGCCAAUAUGUAUGGUCACGAUUACAAUCUUUUUCUGCUUUCCGUCGAUGGGGCGAUUCUGAACAGAGACCACUAGCUCGCCGUGCUUGGGCGUUGAUGCGGAAUGCUGAAGUAUUUUAUAGGGCUGCUUCAUUCUUUAACCUAUUAUUGUUUCUUUAUGGUGGAAGGUACAAAACUGUUGUAGAAAGGAUUCUGAAGGCAAGACUUGUUUAUGGGAGCCCCAACAUGAAUAGAGCUGUUAGUUUUGAGUACAUGAAUCGGCAGCUGGUCUGGAAUGAGUUUUCGGAAAUGUUGCUUUUGCUUCUUCCCCUCCUAAACUCGUCUUCGGUAAAGAAGUUCCUUCUCCCCUUCUCCAAAGAUAAGUCAGGAGGUUCUUCUGGUGAUGAAGCAGAUUGUCCUAUAUGUCGGUCCAGUCCUAGCAUUCCAUUUAUUGCUCUUCCAUGUCAACACAGGUAUUGCUACUAUUGCCUACGCACACGUUGUUCGGCUACGACUUCUUACAGAUGCACACGUUGUGACGGGGCGGUGGUUGCAAUUCAAAGACUAGGAUCAGGUUAGUUUUACGACCUAGUUGGGUUAAAGAAUUCUCGCCCGUUUCUACAGAGAAUCAGCACUUCGGUGUUUCAUACGGUUACAAGUUUGGAUACGCGUCAUUCACUGUAUGUACAUGUAAUUGCCCCAAGUGUGGACAGUUCGGAUGCCAUGAGCCCAUAACUGACUUGUUGUAUAUCGAAUGAAUAGUCCGUCACAAAACUAACACGGAUUCACUAUGCGUUUUCUUUUCGAUUCGUCUAUUUCAAAAAUCGUGUAUUGAAAAAUGCCAAAACAAUUAUUGGAAAGAGCAACUGAUUCACUGAUUAUGUAUUGAAAAGAGAUUAGGUUUUUAAGU